AACGAUCCAGAGGAAGUGACUGGUGAUGUAGUCCACACCUUUCCGGUAGAUCAGAGUAGCAUUGCAACUCGGCUGAAAAGGAGAGAUAGACUAAAGCGGUUUGGAAAUUGCUGAGAGAGGAGGGGGGACAACAGAAUGUAAUAUAUAUAUUUUGGGGAGAUUUGUGUAAAAGAUACACGGAACGGGGACAAGAAAGGAUUUUUUUAUUAUUGAAUCAAUGACCUUAGUCGCCGGGACUUUAGGAGAACGGGCUCCUACGAACGAGUGUGUAGCCCAGCGUGACGUUUGAUGGAAUAGCAGCAGAACAUUGCCUUUCUCCUCCGGUGGUGUUGAUCCGAACAAGGACGGGGACCUCGAGACACAUUCACCAAGAGGAAGUAAGAAGUACCGCAGGUUUUUUGGAGGGCCUAUUCGACUUCCUUGCUCUAUCAACAGAUCCACUACCCCCCCACCCCGACCCUGAAAAGAAUAGAAAUCAAUAGUAUGAACAUUUUGUGACAGCUACAAUUAAGAAGUAACAAUAUACUUACACGGCUUGUCAUACAAUUUACUUAACUCACCUUUGGGUCACAUUUUAACUUGGGUGUCUCAAACUCUGAGAAAUAAGUUAUGAACAGCAAUACCACAAGUUAGCUAAUGAUUUCCCACCAGGAAUAUUAUUGUUGCCAGUUUGAGACUCCUUUCUUUGGCCGACACAUUGUGAAGCAUUGAUAGACCCGCACAUGGCUCAGUUUGAGCUUCAUAUUUCACACCAUGUCCAUUUGUAAUUAGUUGCCUAGUUACGCCCGGUUAAGCAAAUAAAGUUAACCUGCAUGGUUUUGACAUUAAGGAAGUAAAAAGGGAAAUAUUGAAGAAUCCAGACAUUUUUUUCAUUUGGAAAGGAAUAUUUAUGCACUGUUUACAUGAUGGGGAAAAUGCUAUCGAAAAUCUUUGGCAACAAGGAGAUGAGAAUAUUGAUGCUUGGACUUGAUGCUGCUGGAAAGACCACCAUCCUUUACAAACUGAAACUUGGACAGUCAGUCACCACAAUUCCCACAGUUGGUUUCAACGUUGAGACUGUGACUUACAAAAACGUAAAAUUCAAUGUAUGGGACGUUGGAGGCCAAGAUAAGAUCCGUCCCCUGUGGCGACACUACUACACGGGCACUCAAGGGUUAAUCUUUGUUGUGGAUUGCGCAGACAGAGAUCGCAUUGAUGAGGCCAGGCAGGAACUCCAUCGCAUCAUUAAUGACCGUGAGAUGAGGGAUGCCAUCAUCUUGAUUUUUGCCAAUAAGCAAGACCUGCCCGAUGCCAUGAAACCACACGAAAUCCAAGAGAAACUAGGAUUGACCCGCAUCAGAGAUAGGAAUUGGUAUGUUCAGCCCUCCUGUGCGACCACGGGAGACGGACUAUAUGAGGGGUUGACAUGGCUAACAUCAAAUUACAAAUCCUAAUGAUUGAGUGAUUACUGUUUUAGAUUAAACUACAAAGUCAAAUUGAGGCAAGUAACAACUUUACUUCUCAAAUAAAUAUAUAAUAAAGGGAAGUUUGAUCUCCAUUUAUUUUGAUUACUAUGAUGACCCUAUAACUAAUUUAUCUUUAUAAACAUGGUUUUCUGGCUUAUAGUUUGCUUCUACUUAGCUCUUGAGAACCCAAGGUGUCUUACAGCCGGUCCCGGUCUUGAGUUCUUAGCUGAUGGCAUGGAGGACAGCUGGCUCCAUGUGAACUACAAUCCAGACGCUCUGUUUUAAGGUUUAGAAACUUUAAUAAUCCUUGUUUGCGAUACGGUUUUGGAAACCUUUAGUUGCAAACUUAAACAUCAGGGUGAAAUAAUCAUUCUAACACAAAUGAUGCAGUUUAGCAAAGUUGCACCUGGCAUUAUUAUUUUUGGAAACGGCCCGCAGCCGAGGUAUGAAACUUCCUCCCCGGUUAAGGUAAAUUCACACUGCGGAAGCCAUGUAGCGCAGUGUUGCAAUGUCGUUUUUCGUCACAAAAGGGGCAGCUCCUUGUAAUACGCUACGGCAUUCAACGUACUUUUGUACUACCUGAACAUUUUGGAGAGCUGUACCAUUCCUUCCGCAACAUGGGGGCAGUGUUGCCGCUUGAUUCCUUGAUCUGACCAAUGUUAUAUGCUGGGCUCUCAAACCCUGUUCCCGGAGAGCUACCCUCCUGUACGUUUUCACAUGGAGAUGUAAGAAGCUAGAAAGGCUAGCCAUGUUUUUAGUCAGGCUAAUGCCAGCUAGCCAGGCUGCCAACUAGCUACUACUAGCGAGGGAAGGCGACUCUUCCUUGAUUUCACAAAAUGAAGUGACAAAAAUAAAAAAUGCUGUCACCCCCUUGUGAAUGGGAGUGAGACCGGUGAAGAUAUCAUUUUACCAACAGGGGUCUGCUGCUCCAAAAUUUGCACGCACGUAGAUCAAUGGAGUGAAGCUUGUAGUAACCUUUACACGCCACUGGAGACGUUUGAAGUGGAAAUUGGAGGGGAGGAAGUGUAGCCUGUUGGAGGCGGUGUUCUUGAAAAUACAGCCGGGUGCAACUUUCCUAAACUUCUUAGAGUACAUGUAUAUUUUGUAUUUGAAAAAUAUGUUUUUGCUUAUAUGUAAGUUAAGUUCCAAAUGUUUCCAAAACUGUAUCGCGUGCAAGGCGUAUUUGAGUUUAGGCAGAGCAUUUGUGCAGUGUUGGCAUUGAGCCAAGUCCAAUGGCUCAAUGUAAUGAGGUGGAAUUGGAGUCAUGAAUAAGGGUUAGCUUCUACUCUGUAGCAAGCCUAAGUGACAUUAUGUGGCUUGAUGAAUAUCAAUUAAAUGUGGUCAUAAUUCAAAGCUACAGAGAUUACCAACUUUGCCUAUUCUUUAUCACAUUUUUAUAUAUUUUCUAAUGGAGCUGGACUUGUAUCUUUUCAUUAGGGCUCAGGCUUGGUUCAUGUAUGCUUUAAAGAUACUGUUGGAUUGUGAGUAACAUAAGGGUCUGAUUCAUAGUUUUUCCUUUCAGAACUAAAGUCUGAUGUUUAGUCUAGCUUGUUUGGGACAACUACAACACCUUAGAUUAAACAUGUUUUUAAUACAGAAACCAUUUAGCAAAUGUAGGUAUUUGUUUUGGAUUUGUAUUGACAAAAACACUGCAAGAUGUGAUUUAAAAUUUUCACAUUUACAUUUACAUUUUAGUCAUUUAGCAGACGCUCUUAUCCAGAGCGACUUACAGUAGUGAAUGCAUACAUUUCAUUUUUUUCAUUUCAUACAUAUUUAUUUUUUUUCGUACUUGGCCCCCCGUGUACCAUUGCGUACAUUUAAUUGUCAACAUUCUGGACAUUGUUGUAACAAAAUUAUGUCAGGAAAGACAUUGACUGUGUCCAAAUACCCAUAAUUUCAUUCAAAAUAGUAGUUAUUUUGGGUAUGCAAAAAUAUAUAAUGUUUCAUAAUAUGUGCAUUGUAUGUGCAAUGUCGAAAAUUGCAUAUUCUUUAAAUGCCAGGAUGUCAUACUCAUUUCGGCAUUUCAUCUAGUAAAAUUCAUUGCACACUAUUGAGGAAGAGAAUCGUUUUUCGAGACCCACGUGUGUUUGAUAACAGCUGAUAAUCAGAUAUGGUGAUGUGCUUUACCAAAAUAAACGAAUGGCAGGAAUCAAUGCAAUUUGAGCAUUAGUUUAUGCAUUCUCAGUAUGGAUGAGCCUAGUAUGUUAUUUGUUGCUUACUGUUAUUUGAUUUCACUAAACAGUACGUUCUAAAUAGUAUUUAGUACGAUUAGUACACACUAUGCCGUUUAAGUAAGUAAAAGAACAAGACAGAUUUGGGACACAGCCAGUGUAGUGCUUAGACUCGCCAUCUGGAACCCAGUUGCACAAGUGAUUCCCUAUAGUGGGCUAUAUUGUGAAUUAAUUGGCCUUUUUGUGUACUCAUGUUUUUGAUCCCAGAUUGUGCUCAAGCAAACUGAAACAGGUCUCUGUUAACUCAAACAUGCUUUUCAGAAUGCAGCUUUUGUUCAUAGGGUAACAUUGAUGGUUAUGAAGCCAAUGGACUCAAUAUUUCCAAAGGAAUGUCAUUCAGCUCUGAGCUCUCAACCUACUACCAUUCAUAUGUCUCAGGAUGCGAGACCUUUUACUAGUCUGUAUCUACAGCAUGAGUACAGAAGUAUAGUAACCCUUCGGCAGAGUGGGCCUGUCAUGCAAUGGGAGAGAGCAGCUCCCUGGUGAAAUGAUAUGUUUUGGUUCAGCUCUCUUAUUCCUAUGUUGACUUGGAGAACCAUGUACAGAACAAUGUCAUUGUAAUGCCUAAUUAAAAAAGUAAUUUUAAA